AUGCACAAAGCCCUAGAGCCCAAUGUACCGCGAUCGGACGCGUUACUAGCUCUUCUUCUGGGGUAUCUGCCUGCCUUAGAACGUCUCGAGAUUCCGAUGGACAGUGAAGAUCCACCCCGCGACCCUUUCAUCACAGACUGGAGCCUGAUUGAACGCGUUUUGAUCUGUAUGGCCGGUAUACGUUCGAUGCACAGCAGUGAAAAUGAAAUGACACUUACGCUGCCUAAACUCACUCACCUGAAAGCUGAUGUCGACGGAAACUUCCCCUCGGCUGAUUUUGAAUGGCUUAUGGUGCUUCUUCGGAUUCCCACGUUGACUCAUGUAUUCGGCACCAAAUGGACCAAUAAACCACAAUGGUUGCGGCCCGCAUAUCGCAAAUUUCAUCACCUCAUUCACAUCGAACUUCGCGAUUGCACCUUUGAUGCCAUAAACCUUCGAAGAUUUCUGAGACUAGCACAUAAAUUGGAAACAUUUGUCUACGAACGCGGGUGGGCGAAGAGGAAAGAAUGGGUCUUGAGAUCUGCGGAACUCAGCAAUGCGCUUCAAUACACAUCUCGGACCCUGACCCGCCUCGAACUGUCAUUUAAUAGAAGCGCCCAAAAGGUAUACCCAGACUUGUACCUUCAACCUCUCAAUCUGACGGGGCUUCGCCAUCUGAAGAGACUGCGAAUAUCAGCCGGCUAUCUUGUCCAGACGCAAAGGAAGAUGUCACUUUUUGAAGGUCGUUACUGGACGCUAAUUGACCGCCACGGAAUCUACAACAGCGCACAGCCUUUGUACAAGCUACUUCCGGAGUCACUUGAAGAGCUGCACGUCUUCCAAAUUAACGAUGGGCCUGAGUUUUUCCUACUGCGUGAAAAGCUGUGUGAAAGUCUCUACGGCAGAGCAUCACCUUUUCUUCCGGAGGAUCACCGAUUUGAACACCUCAAGGAGAUCAAAAUUGAGGCACCCUUUGAGGACAAAGGCUUGCUCUUAUUUCAACCAUUAUCCGCAAUCACGCAUCGGGCUGGAGUGAAGUUGACAACAAUUGAAAACUCCGCCGAUUACGUCAGAUCCUGGAUUACCGGAGACACAAAAGUAUCAUGCGCAGACAAAAAGAUUGAUUGGGGGUUUGAUGGCGAGAUUCAGUGGGCACAUCCAUUCACUCGACGAGGGGAGGUGAAUUACGACCUCGAUUAA